AUGCAACAGCGCUUGAAUUCAGAUGAUAAUGAUGAACUUUAUUUCAUUGCUCCAGUGACACAACAUGUUGAACGUGAAGAUGAAAAUGAAGGAAACCAAGAUUUACAUCCAGAUUUUAAUGAAGGAUACGAUCUAUCCGAUGACCUUGGUAUACCGUCACGACAACAAGUGGUGAGCCAUUGAUAUUGAAUGAAAUGCAAGAUGAUGAAUACCGUUCAAUGGUCCAGAAACUUAAAAUAAAGAACAAAAAGAAUCCUUCGCUCAUAUUUUACAUUUAGCUCAUAUUUUACAUUACCUUCUAUAGUUUUCUAAGUGGAGGAGGGGUGUUGGUAAAUCUCAUCUAACCAAAUCAAUUUAUCAAGCUGCUAUUAUAAUUAUUAUUAUAAGCAUUAUAAUUCUCGUGAUGGUGAAGAUUUUCAUCAAGUUAAUAUUUCGCUCUUGGCUCCAACGGGGAAAGCUGCAUUUAUUAUCAAAGGUAACACAAUUCAUAGCGCUCUUGGUAAUACCGGCAAGUCAGUCCUUAAAAAAUUACAGACAUCUAGACUCAAGCAGACUGAACACAUUACGAAGCCUCUUAUAGGUGGUGUUAAAUUAAUUUUUGUAGAUGAAAUAUCAAUGGUUGGAAACAACAUGUUUACUGUUCAAAUAAAUAACCGGCUGAAAGAAUAAAAGGUAGCAAAGAGUUGGAGGAGUUAAUAUAAUUGCAAUUGGUGAUUUAUUUCAGUUACAGCCCGUGUUUGAUGGAUAUGUUUUCAAUGAUAUUCAGGAUUCUGAGUAUAGCAUACUUUCACCUAAUUUAUGGAAGAAAUACUUGAGAAUGUACGAACUUAAAGAAAUCAUGAGACAGCGCGAAAGCAAAAUAUUUGCUGAAAUAUUGAAUCGCUUGCGAGAAGGGAAACAUACUGACUACUGA